AUGGCGUCGUCAUGGAAGUGGAAAAAUUGUAUCCCUGCCAUCCUCGCCUCGGGCCCAUCGCUUCUCGCUUCCGCCGAAGAACGUCGUACGACCGCCGCAGCUGCCGAGCAGAACCCCCGAGAUGUCAUCACCAACAACUUCUACAGCCAGGACCGAGCUCUAACUGGUCUACAGCUCUUUGUCUCUCUCGAUUCAUCCAAUGGAUCACCCAGUAGUCGAACGGCGGUGUAUCUCAACGCGCUCGAUUUGUGCGAGAGCGCUUUUACGCAGCAAAUUCUCGACUGGUUCAUCGAGGUGAGUCACGAUUCCCCCUGCCUUGUGGUGCUCGCGCCGGCCAUCUUCACCCGCAAAUAACCAUCGUCAUAAUACCUGUUCUCACUGGGCUCGUCGCAGCAUGCAGCGAACCUGAACCUCGACUUCAUCGCACCAAAGCCAACCGUGAUCGACUCUUCAGUUCUGCGUGAGGUACCCCACCAUCUUCAACUGUAAUCACCACUGGCACUUGACGAUCUUCUAAUUGAAACCUCUCACAGUGUCAAUGUACCCCCUCAAUAUCCACCUCCACCUUCACUUCAACCUCCCUCUGCCGUCCAAGGCAUCCUCCCCCUCAUCUCCUUCCUCCGAAGCCUUGCGCGAAUGGCUCACCUCCCCCACCUCGGUCCACCUCACGGUCCGACCCUUGAUCACCAAAAUGCUUCCCAAGCUCGCCUCCGUAUUAGUCAAACAAUUCCCGAAUGACCUCAAUCCUCGCUGGGCGCAGGUGAGUGUCACCUUCUUACCACAUAGGAGGUGAACCGCUUUCACACGAUAUCGCGUCACUGAUCAUCUCUUCCUCCCAACCUUGCUCCCACCGCCCCCCCACCCCACCCCCAUCAGCGCCUCGCAAACGACCGUAAAUCCUAUUCCUACCUUUCCAAAGCGCUGAACGAUAUCUUCCUCACCUUUGAACCCGGAUCCGAAAAUUGGAUCGAUUUACAAACGGUCAAGAGACAUCUGGCUCGACUACAGGAGCACACCGCGGUGGAAGACCAGUUUGCAGGGGGAGGGGUCAUUGGGGGUGUGAUGGGUUUGGUGGCGAGGAGGUACGGGAAUCCGGAUGCGUGGAAGGCAAAGAGUGGGAUGGCUAAGUCCAAAGAAGGGGAACGCCGUUCGAAUAAGGUAGGUGCGAAUCAUAACAACGAGAGCAGAUGGCGAGGCGGAAUAUCGACCUGACUUUUCGCGCUUCGAAGGCGACUCCCUCGCAGGAACUUCAGGGAUGGGACUUUCCCGAUCGACUUCUGGACGGGUCGGAUGGGGAACUUGAACAAGGUCAGGAAGAAGGUGAAGAACAAAGCUUUGAAUCGAUUCUAACGGACGAGGACGCCGACCCCUCUGAUGGGAUCCUGGCCGAGGAUCUGAGGAGCGCUGGACUGGCCGACGAUGAUGAUGAGCAGAUGGAUUCAAUGGACAUUCUCGAUCUCUUCGACUAG